AAUGAGGAGGCAGAGCCGGAGUGACGUAGUUCCGGCGUGUCGCUGGUGCCCGGGGAGCGAGCGAGUUGUAGGGAAGAGGCUUAGUCGCCGCCGCCGCCUCCUCCUCCUCUCCCCGUCGUCGAGGCUGGUGCCGGGUUCGGUCAAGAGAGGGCCGCCGCUGGGAAAGCAGUUGAUCUCACACAAUGUCCUUCAUAUUUGAAUGGAUCUAUAACGGCUUCAGCAGUGUGCUACAGUUUCUAGGAUUAUAUAAGAAGUCUGGAAAAUUAGUUUUCUUGGGUUUGGAUAAUGCAGGGAAAACCACUCUUCUGCAUAUGCUUAAGGAUGACCGACUAGGUCAACAUGUUCCUACGCUGCAUGCCACGUCAGAAGAGUUGACGAUUGCAGGAAUGACUUUCACCACUUUUGAUCUUGGUGGUCAUGAACAAGCUCGGCGUGUCUGGAAGACUUAUUUCCCAGCAAUUAAUGGAAUUGUUUUUUUAGUGGACUGUGCAGAUGAACCACGUCUUAUAGAAUCCAAAGUGGAGCUUAACGCACUAAUGACUGAUGAAACAAUUUCCAAUGUGCCAAUUCUUAUCCUGGGUAACAAAAUUGACAGAUCUGAAGCUAUCAGUGAGGAGAAGUUGCGAGAGAUUUUUGGGCUUUAUGGGCAGACCACAGGCAAGGGGAACGUGCCACUGAAGGACUUGAACACACGCCCUAUGGAAGUGUUCAUGUGCAGUAUACUGAAGAGGCAAGGCUAUGGUGAAGGUUUUCGUUGGCUAUCACAGUACAUUGACUGAUAUUUAGAGAGAGAGAGAGAGAUCUACCCCUGGACUGAUCCCAUUCACAGCUUCCUUAUGGACUUUUCUAUUAGAACAUGGAAGGCUCUGCAACCACAUACUGGCAGUUACCAAGAGACUCCUGUCUUCAGUGACCCUACAUCACAUUGGUGACACAAUUUUUCCCCUUUGUCUUGGAAAUUCUGUAUACUGGUGCAGGUUGUCACUUCCGGCUGCCAUUGUUUCCCAUGGAAACCAUGGCUUUCAGUUUCAGUGGGACUGCAGAGCUCUGCAUACAAUACACAAGUAGCUGGAAAAGAGAACAUGUCUCACCCCUGUGGCCAAUUGACUUAAAAGAAAGCAACUCUGUUUUUUACCAAAUGCAUUAAUGUAAAUGGUGUCCCUUUGAAUUGCUCAAGUUAGCAUUCAUCUUGUUUGAGCCAGAAUCUGUUAGCUUUUUUAAAAAGUCUAUUAUUAUUCCCAAAUGACUAAAUUUCAGUUAUCAUGAUAUCGAAAAUCAAAAGCGAACAGAAGAAGGGGCUCAAUUGCACUGCGGUGUGCUGUCAUAUUUCCUGAUCAUGAAGAUUGUGCUGUUAGGAUUGAUUUGUGCAGUGGUUUUCUCCCUCUUCCAUUUACAGGGUUAUAGUUCAGGAGAGAAAUGGCAUAUGUGCACGCAGGGACACAUGUUCUAGCUUUCUUCAUCAUAAUACAUAGAAGUCUGAAAUGUAGUUAAUUAUUUGGCCCACCUCUAAAAGUUAUAGUCACUUUUGUCAUUGGCAAUCCUUCCUUUCUUUGCAGCAACAGUGGCAAGGUUAUCUCACACAUCUGAUAAAGGAUGUCUUAUAUUGCAAGCAAUUCUACAAAAAAUGAAGUAGAAAACAUGAAUUUAUAAUGUUGGGUUACUGUAGCACUCAAUUGUUCCAGCAAGUACAUAUCAUUAUAUUCUUAAUGUAAACUAACCCUGUUUCUUUUAUAUUCAACAAAGUUUGUGAUUGAACUUUCAUUAUUUAACUAGACAUGUUUAUUUUUUAGUUAAACAGAUAAACAUCUUCGUUCAUGGCAUGCAAAUCUGGUUGAGUUGAAGCUGUUUCUAGGGUUCACUGAUAGAUUUUUUUCAUAUUGUAAGGAACUGCAGCUCAAAGUCUGAAAACAUUUCCUUGGCCACUCUAAUACUAAAGCUGAAAUGCAGAAUUGCAAGAAAUCAGAUGAAAUAUUGUGCCAUAGGCACUUAAUUGUGUUGCUGAGUAUAUCACCUGGUUCCACUUGGAACUUGAUGAACAGACUUUGUUAUCUAGAACCAUUUGUUUUAGGAUUGAGUUCCUUGACAGAGGAAAAAAAGUGUAUAAUGUAACAGAUGAAAGUUGCUGAGUUUUUGUGCUUGUGAUAUUGAAAAUCAGUUUACCUUAACCUUUAAAUCUAUCCUUUCACCUUUUGCUCUGGCAUGUCAAAAUGUGAUACUCAAAUAUUAACACUUGAUUGUCAGGUGUUCUCACUGAGUUCUCUAUGUAAACACAGCUGUAAGACAGGAUAAAUUCACUUUUUCUGCCAGCAAGAAAAGCUGAAUGUACUGCAGAAAGGUAUGUUUAAUGGUAUGUACAGGAUGAUGGCUCUGAUGUACAAAGUGUUACAAUGGGUGUACGUCCAAGGAAGUACUGUGAGAUACUUCCUUGAAAAAGGUAACUAGAUACAGUCUGAUUAGCAUCAAGAAGGCUCUCCUCUCACUUCUAGGAUAUUAGUAACUCCAGAUCUGUUUGCAGUGUCUACCAAAAUUGCUGCAUUUAGUGUCAUUAUUGAGUUUAAUUUAUGUAAAGCCCCCAGGUUUUACAUAAGUGUUUCAGUCAUCUUUGAAUAUUUCUUAGGCCAAAGUGCCUAUGAGUGUGGUGCCAAGGAGGUCCAGAAGAAUCACAUCAGUCUACAGUAAUCCAGCAAACAUGAUUGAUGACGUGCAAAACAAUUGGUAUCUCCAGUACAGAGCACCUAGAAUUCUUUGGUUGGCUGCUAGUCAAGGUAUGAAAAUGGGUGGUUCCUCUUGAAUCAACAAGAGGCCUGGUAACCCUUAUCUGAAAUGGCAUAUUCUGGUUCUAUGUUUAGUGGGGGAAAGACCCUCUGUAAACAAGAGUUCUAAAGUAACCCAGCAGGAACAAAGCUUUCUAUGAAAGUGGUGUCUUACCACUGGAGAAAGAGACAGUUAACAACGGUAACUUUCCCUUCUGCCUACCAUGUACUAUCAUUAGACAAGUCUAACUCCUUACAUUGUAUGGAUAUAAAAUUUAAUAUAUUCCUUAGAAAUUGGAUUGCAGAUUGGAAAAUAGGGAGAAAUGUGUCAUUCGGUUAGCAAAAUGUUUUAACUCCCCAUUUCUGGAAAUGUGAAACAUGUUUGCAGAGAAACUUUGUCUGUAUCCAAAACAUUUUAAUAAAAGUUUUUUAAAAAUCAUAUUCA